UUUUUUUCAUUUUCUAAAACUUUAACUUAAAACAUUAUAUAUUCAUCGUCCAUCACAAUUCUUUCUUUCAGCUUCACAAUCAUCACAAUCCCUUUACAGCUAUCAUUCACUUGUUUUCUUCGUCAAUUUAAUCAGGUAUAUAUACAGGUAUUGAUGUGCAAAGGUUCAAAUUCAAAAGAUAAAUUUGGUUUACAAAUUCAAUAAUGGAAGAAAAUAAAAUUAUGGGUUUGUUCAAACCCUCGAUUCUGCUAGAAUUAGCAGCUUCCGAUGAUGUUUUUCGGUUCGAAUCUUUGUCGGAAACAAACAAAAUUAAUCUAAAUGAUGCUGGUUUCUGGUACGGAAGAAAAAACGCGUGUAACAAGAUGGGGUUUAACGAACGAACUCCGUUAAUGAUUGCAGCAUUGUACGGAAGCAUCAAUGUCUUGAAAUACAUAAUCCGUACUCAAAAAGUUGAUGUUAACAAAAUUUCUGAUUCUGACGGUGCGGCCGCGCUGCACUGCGCGGCCGCAGGGGGGUCUUUGUGUUCUGUCGAAACUGUGAAGUUGUUAGUCGAGGCUGGUGCGGAUUCGGGUUUAACGGAUGGUAAUGGGAAGAAACCGGUGGAUUUGAUUGCUCGUGGGGUUAGAUCGUCGAAACGAAAAGCGUUGGUGAUGUUGUUUAGUGGUUUGAAUGUAAGUGAAGAGGAAAUUGAAGAGGCGGAAAUUGUUGUAACGAAAAGAGAGUACCCGGUUGAUGUGUUGUUACCGGAUAUAAACGAUGGUGUUUAUGGUACGGAUGAGUUUCGGAUGUAUGUGUUUAAGGUGCAACCGUGUUCGAGGGCUUAUUCGCAUGAUUGGACUGAAUGUCCGUUUGUUCAUCCGGGUGAGAACGCUAGACGACGUGAUCCGAGGAAGUACCAGUAUAGUUGUGUGCCGUGUUUGGAGUUUCGUAGAGGAAGUUGCGUAAAAGGGGAUAAUUGCGAGUAUGCGCACGGGGUGUUUGAGUCGUGGCUUCACCCGGCUCAAUACAGGACACGUUUGUGUAAAGAUGAGACUGGGUGUGCGCGAAAAGUAUGUUUUUUCGCACACAAAGUGGAGGAGUUAAGACCUUUGUAUGCUUCGACCGGGUCAGGUGUCCCGUCGCAAAAGUCGGGUUCUGCUGGCCCGGUCGAAAUGGGCUCCAUGAGCCCGUUAGGUCUUGGAUCAACUCCACCCAUGUCACCAUCUAUUGGUCCCGUAAACGGGAACAUAUGGCCGAACAAAUUCGUUCACGUAACGCCACCCGCGUUACAACUUCCCGGUAGCCGUUUAAAGACAUCUUUAAACGCUAGAGAUUUAAACAUGGAACUUGAGUUGCUACAAAGGCAACAAAUAAUUGAUGAUUUCUCAACUAACCGUUACAACCCGAAUGUAUUUGAUGAAACUUUCGGUUCGCCAUCUCGACAACAAAUCCGAUCAACCUACCCGUUGUCUCCGGGAAUGCAACCCGCAAGUUACGGGUUUGAUUCAUCGGGUGCGGUUGCACAAGUAAUGAUGAACUCGAGGUCGAGUUCUUUCGCCAAACAGCGAAGCCAGAGUUUCAUUGACCGCGGACUAGGAACUGCAAUGAGUCCGCGGUCAAUGGGGCGAACCUCGGAAUGGGGUUCGCCUGAUGGGAAGGUGGACUGGGGCUUCAACAAUGAAGAUGCUAGUAAGUUUAGAAAAUCAGCAUCUUUUGGGUUCAAAAGUGGGAAUUUGGAUUCACCCAUGAAGGGAAAUCAUGAACCGGAUGACUCAUGGGCUGGACUAUACAUAGAGCAAGAACAACUUAUUGUAUGAGGAUUAAAGGCUUCGUUAAUUCUUUGAUAAUUCUUGAUUACAUAUAUUUCAUUGAAAUUGAUUAACUUAGAACA